AAAACUACAAACACGCAGAAAAAAAAUAUGGGCCGAUCAGCUGUUUUCAUUUGGAGAUAACCUAAAAGUUGUUUUGUUUUGAUCAAGACAUUCUCCUCCUCCUCCUCCUCCUUUACCUUUCGUUUUGACGUUUUACUUUGGCGUCGAGUUGCAGUCGCAGCAAAGAUAUCCAAAUGCAGUGUGUUUAUCUUCAUUGAGAUUAUGUUUGGAACGAUUGUUUUUGUAAUUUUAUCAAAAGACUGAUGAUAAAAUCGAAAAAAUGUCAGGAGGAAGGGGUAUUCUUAGUUUACGUUUUAAUCAAGAUCAAGGAUGUUUCACAUGUUGCAUGGAGUCUGGACUCAGGAUAUACAACGUGGAACCACUUGUCGAGCAAGCACAUUUCGAAAGCGACUUAAUGGGAAGCAUUGGAAUAGGAGAAAUGCUAUGGAGAACGAAUAUAAUUGCAAUUGUUGGCGGUGGUUCAAAGCCAAAAUACGCUGAUAAUACGGUUCUAAUUUACGACGAUCAAGCAAAGAAAUUUGUUUUAGAAAUUACUUUCACUGGCCCUAUCAAAGCAGUUAGAUUGCGAAGGGACAAAUUAAUAGUGGCGCUACAACGAGAAAUACACGUUUUUUCGUUUCCGGUGCCAACGAGAAGGUUGCUUACUUUAGAAACUAGAGAUAAUCCUAAAGGACUGAUGGAGGUGGCGACCCUUGCCACGGCUAAUAAACAACUUCUCGCGUUUCCAGGCCAUAAAAUAGGCAGUGUGCAAUUAGUCGAUCUGGGAGCAACGGAUUCUGGAAGUUCGAGUGCUCCGGCAACUUUAACCGCUCACCAGGGAGCUUUGGCGUGUUUGGCUGUUAAUCCGAGUGGAACGAUGGUUGCAACCGCAUCCGCACAGGGAACAUUAGUCAGGGUCUGGGACAGUGCUAGGAGACAACUUUUAGUCGAAUUAAGAAGAGGAUCCGAUCCUGCGACACUUUACUGUAUAACGUUCAGUCGAGACUCGGAAUUUCUCAGUGUUUCGAGUGAUAAGGGGACAAUUCAUAUAUUUGCCCUUAAGGACACACAUCUUAAUCGAAGAUCUACAUUUUCAAAAAUGGGCUUCUUAGGAAAUUACGUCGAGAGCCAAUGGGCAUUGGCGACUUUUACGGUGCCACCUGAAUGCGCCUGUGUUUGUGCUUUUGGUGCAAAAAAUUCAGUAAUCGCUGUGUGCAUGGACGGGACAUUUCAUAAAUACGUCUUCACGUCAGAUGGAAAUUGCAAUCGUGAGGCGUAUGACGUUUUUCUCGACGUCUGCAAUGACGACGAUUUUUAAAAUUGAGUGAUAUUUUCUCUUGCGACAAAAAAAAAAAAGAAAAAAAAAGAAGUUCUAUCAUUUAAUAUCGACGAAAAGAAAAAAAUUGUACAGUUUAUUAAAUAGAUUAAUAUAGAUAGCAUUUAUUUUAUAUUUAUGAUUAAAUAUCGACUUUAAACAAAACUUAUAAUAAAUAUAAGUAAAAACAACAA